AUGUUUUGUAAUUUUGGACAAACUCUCAGCAAUGAAAUUUAUUUACAAGUUACUAAAUUUACAGAAGAUAUUCAGAAGAUCUUUGUUACUAUAAAAACGGAGCAUUUGCUGAAAACCAAACUUAUGGAGGAGGAUUUGUUUCAAUCGAUUGAGGAAGUGGUUGUCGAUUCAAGUGGAUCAAUGACUCAUAAGAAAGAUGAAGAAACUCAAAAAAACACGUUACAAAAUCUACUAACUUCUUGGGGCCUAAAUCACCUCAUAAACUUUUUUCAAGAACAAAACAUCACAAACCAUGCCCUUUCCAUUAUGUCUGUUAAUGACUUAUUUGAAAUUACUCAGCAAAUGAAAAUUGGCGACAAGAUCAUUUUUAAAUACAAUUUACAAAAGUGGAGGGCGGAGAAUAACAUCCCCAUAAUGAAUCAACAAACCUUGAGUGACUCUCAGGAAUCCAAAACCGUUUCAUCACCUUUUUCACUGUCUCAGUCUUCUUGCAGCGAAUUCGAGUUUCAAAAUUCUAAAAUAAUAGUUUUGGACAUUUUAAAACAACACACAAAUGGGUGCAACAUUUUAGAAUAUUACGAAAAAAUACAUCUCAUCACAGAAGUGCAACGUUCAUGCUUAAUAAAUAUUAUUGUUGAACAUUUCGAGUCAAAGAAUUUACAAAUGUCACUUCAAACUAGUUACGAAAUAGAAAGACAAAUUUUACAAAUCUUUCAAUCGGAAAAAUUGGAAUAUUAUAGAACGGAACGACGAGGAAAGAUAUAUGUGAAGUACUACAAUAAGAAGAAGCAGUCGAAAUUUUUUAAAUAUUGUGAAUCCAGUUCUGACAACAUUUCGGAUUUAAAAGACGUCAUUGAACCAGAAGAUGACGCACAAUUAUUCCUCCAGAAAAUAAAGUUCGAUAAUUUGACCGCUGACGAAUUUAAUUCAGCUUGGGCUGCAUGUGUUAAAUUUCGUUUAAAUCAAAUUAGAAAUGAGUGUCAAAAUAUUAAAGAGGCGUUAAAGCUGUGGCCACAAUAUAAGGGCUCGAACGGAUAUAAAUUUAUUGAAAGCGAUUUCAAUGCUAUUCACAAAAACGUGCCUUCUAUUUUAAGCUGGGAAGAUAAAUUUUUGAAACUUUAUACCUUUUUGAAACAUCAUGCUAAUAUCAAAGAUAGAUCUGUUAACAAAAUUGUAGCGACAGUAGAUAAACGUGAACUGGAAGAAGAUAAAGAUAUAUUUCAUCUAAAAAUGCUAUGGUGCCUGCAUUACAAUUUGUACCAAACAAAAAAGUUUUUAAGAAAAAAUGUGUACGGAAAAAGGGAAUACGGAAAGUUUACCAUUAAAGAUUCCCAAGAUUCAUUUAUUUACAUAAAUGCAACGAUGCAGUCUUUAGAAGACCAUUUGGAUUUUUUAUCAGCGAAAGGCGAUCCAGUUCAGCCGUUUAUUUUGGGUUUAGGUGAUGUAGAAACUCUUAAAAUUAAUUCAUUUUAUGUAUAUUUGGAUGGCCAAUUGAUGCCAUUCGCAAAUUUUCAGAGAGCUUUUGAUAUAUGCUUUAAAUCGUUCCACUUAUUUAAUGUUGAAUAUCCAAUGGCAAGUGGUCCGUUUUGGAUGUUUGUAGAAAACUAUCUUUAUAAUAUUUCAAAAGCAGAAACAAAGAAUACAAAAGUUUGUAUACUACUGGAUAAAUUAUCUCAAAUUUAA